AGAACAUAAAAAGUUUUGGAAAAAAUGAUUUCUUCUGCCACGUUGGGUCUCUCGAGCCACCGUCUACCACCUCCACCACCACGCUCUUCCACUCCCGAGCCUAACCCCAAAUCUCUCUCCGAACCUCAGGCUCGGAAACAAAAAGGCAGCCCUCAACUAAACCGGUGGUCGAGAGCUCGGUCCAUUCGGUCUGGUAGAAAACUAGACCGGCUGCAUCAGCGAACCACGCAGCGUCUGGAGCUGAAUCCACAAGUUCAAAACCCAAAAGAGAGUGAAAAAAGAGAGGUUAGUUCUUUAACGGGGAGUGACGGAUAUGAUGACGUGGAGGCUACUUUUGGGAAGGCUAUUUUCAUGGUUUCCGACGGAACUGGAUGGACUGCCGAACAUUCCGUUAAUGCUUCGUUGGGCCAGUUCGAGCAUUGCUUGGUUGAUCGUGGGUGUCCUGUAAAUACUCAUCUGUUUUCAGGGAUUGAUGAUGUGGAGAGGUUAAUGGAGAUAAUAAAACAAGCAGCAAAAGAAGGUGCAAUGGUGGUCUACACAUUAGCUGAUUCUUCAUUGGCUGAACAUGCUAAACAAGUCUGUAAGUUAUGGGGCAUCCCAGCUACAGAUAUACUAGGCCCUAUAACAGAAGCUAUUGCUUCACAUCUUGGUGUCUUGCCUUCUGGUCUUCCUCGUGGAGCUCCUGGUAGGAAUUUUCCUCUUUCAGAGGAUUAUUUUCGACGAAUAGAAGCCAUUGAAUUCACUAUUAAACAAGAUGAUGGGGCAUUACCUCAGAACUUGCACAAGGCUGACAUUGUUCUUGCUGGAGUUUCUCGGACCGGGAAGACACCGUUGUCGAUUUAUUUGGCACAGAAAGGAUAUAAAGUAGCAAAUGUGCCUAUUGUAAAGGGUGUGAAAUUGCCAAAAAGCCUUUUUGAAGUUGACCCCGAAAAGGUUUUUGGUUUGACUAUCAAUCCUGUAGUGUUACAAACGAUAAGGAGAGCAAGGGCGAAGAGUCUGGGUUUCAGUGAAGAAGUGAGGAGUAACUACUCUGAGAUGGAUCAUGUCAGAGAGGAGUUGGAAUUUGCUCGCAGGACCUUUGCACAGAAUCCUGUUUGGCCAGUAAUUGAAGUGACAGGAAAAGCAAUUGAAGAAACCGCAGCAGUUAUAUUAAGGCUAUUCCAUGAUCGGAAACACAAAUGUUCAAUGCCACGAAUCUCAAAACUCUACUAAUUGAAGAUUGAAAUUGAUGCAUAUGUAUUCAAAGAAUGAGAUAUGGAUACUGUAUAGUGUUAAGCCCUUCAUGGAUCCACCAUGAAUCCGUAUUUGUUAUGGAAUAUAGCGAACGCAGCAAAUAAGUAUACCCCUUCCGUCUCUGUGAUUACUGAGAGUUUCCGUUUAUCACUGUAAAAACCAUACUAUAGAUCAUUAGAACUGUCUUAUAAUUGCUUCUGCUGAAGCCAGGGUUAUCUUGUUUAGUGUUGUUUACAUCAGAUUCAUACUUGAUACA